AUGAUGGAGGAGAAUUUGUGGAACCUGUUCUGCGGGCAAUCUGAUUGUGCAAGAACCAGUUCUGAGUCAUGUAAUCCCCGGUUAGUGUUGGUAAUUCAACCUUCAUCCUGUGUCAAUCAUGCUUCCAUUGUUUGUUUUGAUCUACUGCUUCUGUUGGUGCUCUUAUGGAGUUUCAUAAGCAAAAUUUCUUUCAAGAAAGUCGAGUCACCAGCUCGCCGUAGACAGUUUUCAGCUUUGCAGAUAAUAUCAGCUGUUUUUAAUGGAUGUUUGGGGCUUGUUUACAUUGGUUUUGGCAUUUGGAUUCUGGAAGAAAAGUUGAGAAUUGAUCAUUUUGUUUCACCGAUUCAUCUGUGGGUUCUGUUUUUAUUUCAUGGAAUUACAUGGUUGGUGGUUGGACUAACUACAAGCCUGAAAGGAGAGUUCUUCCCGAAAGCCACAUUGCGAAUCUUGUCCAUCUUGGCUUUCCAUUGUGCUGGAAUUUUCUCCUUUAUAGCUCUGUUUUCUGUCAUAGUGUACCAUGAAAGGAUAACGGUUAAAGUAGCCUUGGAUAUUCUGUCUAUUCUAGGAGCAAGUUUGCUAAUGUUAUGUACUUACAAUGGGUAUUGGGUGGCUGGCAAUAGAAGUACCCUCUACACUCCUUUGAAUGCUGAGGAGACUGACAGCAACAUUGAAAAUGAUUCGGCUGAUCAAGUUACCCCAUUUUCCAAAGCCGGUUUGAUCAGUGAGAUGACAUUCUGUUGGUUGAACCCUUUGAUGAAGUUGGGUGGGGAGAAGACUCUCAACGAAGACGACAUGCCCAAAUUACGUGACAUAGAUAGAGCAGGGUACUGUUACUUACAAUUCCUUGACCAAUUGAGCAAAAAUAAAACGGAUGAAUCCCUAUCAGAAUCCUCAACCUUAUGGACAAUUUUUAGAUGCCACUGGAGGGAGAAUCUGGUGUCAGGAGUCUUUGCUUUUCUGAAGACACUUGCGGUAUCAGCUGGACCUCUAUUGCUCAAUUCCUUUAUUGAGGUUUCUGAGGGUAAUGAAGCUUUCAGAUAUGAAAGUUAUUUACUGGCAAUCACACUCUUUUUCUUUAAAAUCUUGGAAUCUUUGUCACAGAGGCAAUGGUACUUUCGAAGCAAAAUGACCGGUCUUAAAGUGAGAUCCAUGCUCACUGCAGCAAUUUACAGAAAGCAACUACGACUCUCAAAUGUUGUUGGAAGGAACUCUGGUAGUGAGAUACUGAACUAUGCAACUGUGGAUGCUUAUAGGAUCGGGGAAUUUUCUUUCUGGCUUCAUCAUACUUGGACUAUAGUCCUCCAGCUUUGCUUUGCAUUGCUUAUUAUGAUCCAUUCAAUCGGACUUGCAACUGUUGCAUCCUUAGUGGUGAUUGUUUUAACGGUGAUUUUCUUUGCUCCCCUCGCCAAAUUACAGCAUAAGUUCCAAAGCAAGUUGAUGAUUGCUCAAGAUGAGAGGCUGAAGGCUUGCUCGGAGGCUCUUGUGAACAUGAAGGUGCUUAAGUUGUAUGCCUGGGAGACUCACUUCAAGAAUGUAGUCGAGACAUUGAGGGAAGUUGAAUUGAAAUGGUUAUCAUCAGUACAGUUGAGAAAGGCAGUCAACAUUUUUGUCUUCUGGACGUCUCCUGUAUUGGUCUCUACUGCAACAUUUGCGGCCUGUUAUUUCCUUCAAAUUCCUCUUCAUGCCAGUAAUGUUAUCACAUUUCUUGCAACAUUGCAUUUGGUGCAAGGCCCUAUCAGAACUGUUCCUGAUGUCAUUGGCGUAGUGAUUCAAGCAAGAGUUGCGUUUACAAGGAUUGUAAAGUUUCUUGCAGCACCAGAGCUUCAGGCUGAAAAUGUCAGAAAAAAGAACAAUAUGAACAGUGUAAACCAUGCCAUUCAGAUAAAGUCAGCAAAUCUUUCGUGGGAAAUGAAUCCAUCCAAGCCAACACUAAAAAGCAUAAAUCUAGAUGUAUGUCCAGGUGAUAAGAUAGCCAUAUGUGGAGAAGUUGGCUCAGGAAAAUCAACAUUGUUAGCAGCAAUUCUUGGAGAAGUACCAUAUAUAGAUGGAAUAGUGGAAGUUUAUGGGAGAAUCGCUUACGUUUCCCAAACAGCUUGGAUUCAAACAGGGACAAUACGGGAUAAUAUUCUUUUCGGGUCUGACAUGAAUGACUUAAGAUAUCAAGAUACUCUUCAUAGGUGUUCAUUGGUGAAGGACCUCGAACUUCUUCCCUAUGGUGACAUGACAGAAAUAGGGGAAAGAGGAGUUAAUUUAAGUGGUGGGCAGAAGCAACGAGUUCAACUUGCUCGUGCUUUAUACCAAGAUGCUGAUAUCUAUCUUUUGGAUGACCCAUUUAGUGCUGUUGAUGCACACACUGCAAUUAGCCUUUUCAAUGAAUAUGUUAUGGAAGCACUUUCUGGAAAGACUGUCGUGCUUGUGACACACCAAGUUGAUUUUCUUCCAGCAUUUCAUUGUUGUUUGCUGAUGUCAGAUGGGGAAGUACUUCGCUCAGGCUCUUAUCAUGAGUUAUUAGCUUCAAGUAAGGAGUUUUUGGACCUUGUAAAUGCGCACAAGGAGACUGCUGGUACAGAACAGGCUGAAGUUAGUACAUCUAGAAAACAUAAUUACCCUACUAAAGAGAUUAAGAAAGUCAAUGAUGAGGAUCAAAAUCAAGCAUUAAAAGGAGAUCAGUUGAUUAAACAAGAAGAAAGAGAAGUUGGAGAUAUUGGCUUUAAGCCAUACCUGAUAUACCUGAACCAGAAUAAAGGCUGUUUGUACAUUUCUAUUUUCACUCUUUUCCAUCUCGCAUUUGUGAUAGGGCAAAUAUUACAGAGCACUUGGAUGGCCUCAGCUGUUGAUGAUCCUCAUGUCAGCAAAUCAAAACUAAUUGUGGUUUACCUCGUGCUUGGAUUUUCUUCCACAUUCUGUUUACUCAUAAGAUCUCUUACAGUGGUUGCAAUUGGAAUGAAGUCAUCAAAAUCUAUGUUUUCUCGGUUACUGAACUCCCUAUUUCGAGCUCCAAUGUCAUUCUAUGACUCUACACCUCUUGGAAGGAUACUCAGUCGGAUCGCUUCUGAUUUGAGCAUCAUCGAUCUUGAUAUCCCCUUCGACUUCCAAGCAACUAUUGUAUCCUUUUCAGAGGCAUGUGCUAAUUUAGGAGUGAUAGCUGUCAUAAUUUGGCAGGUACUCAUUGUCAGCAUACCGGUGCUUUACAUGGCAAUAAGACUGCAGAGAUAUUACUUUGCAACUGUGAAAGAGUUGAUGAGGCUCAACGGUACAACCAAAUCUAUGGUUGCAAACCAUUUAACCGAAUCAUUAGCCGGAGCCAUGACGAUUAGAGCUUUUCAAGUGGAAGAUCGUUUUUUCACAAAGAAUCUCAAUCUUAUUGAUGCAAAUGCAAGCUCAUACUUCCACAAUUUUGCAGCCAAAGAAUGGCUGCUUCAGAGGAUUGAGGCCCUCAGUGCCACUGUUCUUGCAGUCGCAACACUGUGCAUGGUUUUGCUUCCUCCCGGCACUUUUAGCCCAGGCUUCAUCGGAAUGGCACUAUCGUAUGCUCUUACACUAAACCUGGGUAUGGUUUUCUCAGUUCGGAACCAAUGCAAAUUAGCCAACCAAAUCAUUUCAGUGGAGAGGCUUAAUCAAUACAUGGAUAUAACCAGUGAAGCUCCAGAAGUCAUCAAAGAUAACCGCCCUCCACAAAACUGGCCAUUGGUUGGUAAAGUGGAGAUCUUAAAUCUGCAGAUAAGAUAUAGACCAGAUACUCCACUGGUUCUUCAGGGAAUCAGUUGUACAUUUGAAGGCGGAGAUAAAAUUGGUAUUGUUGGAAGGACUGGCAGUGGAAAAACUACCCUAAUAGGGGCAUUGUUUCGCUUAGUGGAACCAAUAGGAGGCAAGAUUGUAGUUGAUGGCAUUGAUAUAUGUUCAGUAGGACUUCACGAUCUACGGUCACGUUUUGGGAUUAUACCACAAGAUCCUACUCUCUUCAAUGGCACAGUACGCUUCAACUUGGAUCCGUUAUGUCAGCACAAUGAUGAAGAAAUCUGGGAGGUGCUCAUCAAAUGUCAGCUUAAAGAAGCUGUUGAAAUGAAAAACCAUGGACUAGAUUCUCUAGUUGUGGAGGAUGGAUCAAAUUGGAGCAUGGGACAGCGGCAGCUGUUCUGUCUAGGGCGUGCUUUGCUGAGAAGAAGUCGAGUGUUAGUUCUUGAUGAAGCGACUGCAUCGAUUGAUAAUGCAACUGACACGAUCCUUCAGAAAACAAUAAGAACAGAAUUUGUUGGCUCCACUGUGAUUACUGUAGCCCACAGGAUACCCACCGUGAUGGACUGCACAAAAGUUCUUUCCAUUAGUGAUGGAAAACUGGUGGAGUAUGACGAGCCAACCAAUCUAAUGAAGAAAGAAGGUUCACUAUUCGGCCAACUUGUCAAGGAAUAUUGGUCUCAUAUCCACUCUGCUGGUCAGACGCAUUGAGCAAAAGCCAUGGAGAAGCAAUUUUGACGGGAAGAUGAUCACCUCCUUUAUCAACCUAUCCUGAGAAAGAUAUAUACUUUUCCUUUUUUUCCAUUUCCCUAUGUGUAGGCACUAAGAGUAGGAAUCAUAAGCCAGCUCAAAGAAAUAUGAAGCUUGGCCUACUUAUGUAAAAUUAAAGAGAUCCAUAUGUUAUUCUGGUAUCAGUAUCAUGUCUGGAAGUGUUUUUUCACUUACGUGAUACGUUAGUAGUACUCCGCGUAGCUGAAGAAGAGUACCGGAAGAUCUCAACUUGAAAAUUCCCUUCAACAUUUUUGUCUAGAAUGCUUGCUCCAGUCUGCAUUUGAAUUUUAAGCUGAAAUUC